GAGGAUGCCCCGAGCACGAAAGAGCCGGUAGGCAGCGCCCCGCGUGCAGGGCGCGCCGGGCCGCGCGGCCGCUCCUCCGCGAGGCUGCGCGGCUGGGCGGGUCGGGCAGGAGCAGCGCCCCGGCAUGUCGCAAGGGCUCCCGGCCGCCGGCAGCGUCCUGCAGAGGAGCGUUUCGGCUCCUGGGAACCAGGCACAGCCGCAGAGCCCUGAGGAUGAUGACAGGAAGGUCCGAAGGAGAGAAAAAAACCGAGUUGCUGCUCAGAGAAGUCGGAAGAAGCAAACCCAGAAGGCUGACAAACUCCACGAGGAAUACGAAUGCCUGGAGCAAGAAAAUGCAGUGCUGCGGAGGGAGAUCGGGAAGCUGACAGAGGAGCUGAAGCACCUGAGUGAGGCGCUGAAGGAGCACGAGAAGAUGUGCCCACUGCUGCUGUGCCCCAUGAACUUUGUGCCGGUGCCUCGGCCAGACCCCGUGCCUGGCUGCCUGCCCCGGUGAAGCCCAAGGACGGCCCUCCUUUGCCCAGCGAGGAGUGUUGGUCUUUAUCGCACCUGGGAGGAGGCUUCUGCCGGCAUCUGUGGACCAGGGGUCCUGUGGCCGGGUCACCUCCUCAGAGCUUCGGGCCGUGUCCCCAGCAGCCCAGGCUCAGCUUGAUGCUCCCACAGGUGCCUGGCUCAGAGCUUGAGCGGAUCCAGGCGGGGAGGCCAUCCUCAAGCAUCACUGUGCAUCCACUUUGGCAGCUAGGAGGUUCCGCUGUUGUGCAGAAUCAUUUCCUCCAGAGAAUGGAUAAUAAAGUGGGAAUCUUCUCUC